AUGUUAACUUACGACAGUAAAAUUAUAUUGGCGCCAAUGGUUCGCAUCGGCACAUUACCCAUGCGACUUUUGGCACUACGAUAUGGUGCAGAUUUAGUUUAUACUGAAGAACUAAUCGAUUGGAAAUUUUUAAGAUCAAAACGUAGAUAUAAUGAUAUUUUAAAUACUGUAGACUAUGUUGAUCAAACAGAUGGAACAAUCGUUUUUAGGACUUGUAAUGAAGAAAAGGACAGAGUAAUACUACAGCUGGGAACAUCUAAUGCAGAAAGAGCUUUAAAAGUCGCAAAAUUAAUAGAAAAAGAUGUAGCAGCUAUAGAUAUAAAUAUGGGAUGCCCAAAGGAAUUUUCUAUCAAAGGUGGCAUGGGUGUUGCUUUAAUGGCCCAGCCAGAAAAAGCAUUUAACAUAUUGAAAACUUUAGUAGAUAAUUUAUCUAUACCAGUUACUUGUAAAAUAAGGAUACUUCAAACACCAGAAGAAACAUUGGAGGUUGUAGAGAAACUGGUGAGUUCAGGAAUCAAAGCGAUUGGAAUACAUGGCAGGACAAGGGAUGAACGUCCACAACACGCAGUUCACACAGAUAUAAUAAAGUUUGUUGCGGAAAGAAUUUCUGUACCCGUUAUAGCAAAUGGAGGUUCUAAAGAAAUUGAAAAGCAUGCUGAUAUUUAUAAAUUCAAAGAAAUGACUGGAUGUUCCAGUGUUAUGAUUGCAAGAGCUGCAGAGUGGAAUUGUUCCAUUUUUAGGAAAGAAGGGUUACUCCCAAUGGAUACUGUCAUUGAGGAGUAUCUAAAACUUGCUGUUGAAUAUGAUAAUUCACCAUGUAACACAAAGUACUGUGUACAAAAUAUUUUGAGAGAUUUACAAGAUACACCCAGAGGGAGACAGUUUUUAGAUUGUCAAACACUAGAACAAAUAUGCUCCAUAUGGGGUUUAGGAGAGUUUUGUAGAGAAACACAGUCCAGUUACCAGAAGAGGGGAAUACAAGGAAGGUGGCAAGUCACUCCAGAUGAUUUGGAGCCUCCUCAAAAGAAAAUGAAAGCACUUGACAUUGAUGUAACAGAUGUCAUUCAAAUGAAAGUGAGUUUUAUUCGAGCUAAUUUUAAUGACCAAACUUUACCCAAAUUCAAACUCCAUUCAUGGGCUGGCAAAAAUGGCCUAAAAUUACCUGUAUAUGAAACACAUCAAGUGGAAAAGUUAUUCCGUACAAUAAUUACUUUUAAUGGCAAAAAAUACUCAUCAUCAUUUUGGGAGAAGAACAAGAAAUUUUCUGAGCAAGGUGCAGCCUUAGUCUGCAUAUUUCAUUUGGGAUUAGUAACAGAAGAAGAUUUAAUAAAACUUGGUAGUAUAAUAAAAUAA